GAGCCAAAGAGCCUUCACGCCGGGACUAUCGAGUUUGAGAACGUGAAGUUCUUCUACCCUUUCCGUCCAGAGGUGCAGGUGCUCAAGGGCGUGACCUUCAAGAUCCAGGCCGGACAGUCCGUGGGUCUCGUGGGCCCAUCUGGAGGUGGCAAAAGCACUGUGAUGUCGCUCAUCCAGCGAUUCUACGACCCCCAGGAGGGUACCGUCUACGUAGGGCAGGAAAGAAAGCCUUUGAGCGACCUGAACAUCCGCUGGUGGCGUCGCCAGAUCGGCUUUGUGGGACAGGAGCCUGUUCUCUUCAACACCACCGUGCGCAACAACAUCUUGUACGGCCUCAGCGAGGGCGAGACCGUUACUGAGGAGUACAUCAAGAAGUGUGAGGAGAUGUGUAACCUCAAGUUCCUGUACAAAUCCGGAAAUCGCGGGCUGGCCACGGAGGUUGGCCCAAGAGGAUCCCGAUUGUCCGGAGGCCAGAAGCAGCGCGUGGCCAUUUGCAGAGCUUUGAUGCGCAACCCGCCUGUGAUGCUGCUGGAUGAGGCCACCAGCGCUCUGGAUUCGCAAAGCGAAGCCAUAGUGCAGAAAGCUUUGGAGGCUGCGCGGGACGGUCGCACAUCUUUCGCCAUCGCUCAUAGACUCUCCACCAUCUCCAACUGUGAUGUCAUUCUGGUGAACGCGGAUGGACGCGUUGUGGAGUCUGGCACGCAUGAUGAGCUGAUGGCGCUGAAGGGCGUCUACUACAAGCUGCAGAUGCAAUCGCGCAAGUAG